AAAAAAUGUUCGUUUGAGUUUUUGUAUUUGGUUAAAUAGAAGAAAAAGCUUCAAGAAAUAGUUCCGGUUGAUCUAAAAUCUCAAUAAUAGGAAAAAUACAAAAUUAUUAUACAUUGUAAAUGCUUACCUAAUUUAACGUGUUGCUUAAUUGAUUUUUAGUUGAUUAAAACAAUAAAUUUUAAUUAGUUAUCUCAUAAAACAAACACACGAUUACAAAUAAAUAAUUGCCUUCUCAGUGACAAAUAAAUGUCAAAAUCAGAUGUUCAUAUAUCAAACCUUAUUUCCACAUAUUGUAUUGGUAUCUUUGUCUAUUAACAUGUAAAAGACAAGGAUGUAAAUUAUUUUUGUAUAUUUUAGUUCGUUAUUUUGUCGUCAGAUGUCGCUUAAUUACGUUUUUUAAUUUCCAUUGUUUUCAGAGAGAGAAUCGCGACUCGCGAGACCCCGUCAGUGUCCCGAAAUUGCACCUGGUCGAUUAUUUUGUUCUGUUUUUUUUAUUUUUAUAUCGUUUAAUUAAUUAAUUUUAAUUAAAAACAAAAACGGGAAUUUAUAAUUUGUUUAAUUAAUUAAUUAAAAUACACAGCAAGUCUCCUUGAGAUUCGUGGAAGUGAAAAUCGAAUUACCUAAUAGUUGAAUUUUCAAUGUUUUUUCGGUUGUUUGCUACAUAACCCAGAUUGUACUAAAAAUCUAGAAAAGAUCCUGCCUUUUGCCCAAUUUGAAGAAGUAAUUAUUACGGAUGAAACCCGAAAGCUUAUAUUCCAAUAGUUCCCUGGCUUCACUAGAAGUCCUAGAAGAUGUCGCGCCCAAAAGACACUCCGCGGUCAGCUGAUCAACGGUAAUCAUAGCCCGGCAUCAUUGGACGAGGCCGGGCGAAUCAGUCAUGGAAAUGCGUUCUCCGAACGUAUCGGUCACGCCCAUCAAUAUGGAAUACGUGCCGCCGUCGGUGGGCGUGGUCAAGUCAGUGGGCGUGGCCGAACCGCCGAGGACUCGGAGCGCGCCACACCCCGUCGUUCUGAGCAACGUAGAUGUCGAAGACGCCGAGCUGGCUUCGAUUGAUUUUCAGAGUGUAAAUAUGCGAAGUAAAAAGAAUAAAAAGGAAGAGGUGCCCAGGCCGAUGAGCUGGGAAGGCGAAUUGAGUGAUGGAGAAAGGGAUGAUGGUAUGUGUAUAGACGAGAGCAGCGAGCCAGCUCAUUUGCCAGAAAACUUGUCAAUCACUGCCUCUAAACAAACUUUUGACUUAAAAGAAAGUCCUAUUUUAAGGCUCAAACAACCUCCAGUUAGUAGUUAUUCUUUGCACAGCACCCCUUCAAAUUCGCCUCUGUUAAAUCAGCGACAUCCAGGAACUGGAGUACCAAUUAUUAGUCAUAAGGAUCUCAUGCACAAAGCCUUGAACGUGCCGCCCACUCCGAGUCCAGACUCGGCCGUCCACUCGGCCUACUCGGUGUUCAGCUCGCCCAAUCAAAGUCCUCUGACGCAACGCCACAUUACGCUGACUCCGAAUCUGAGCCGCAACAAUUCUGAUGCUUCGCAUUCGAGUUGCUGCAGCUAUUCAAGUGUUUCUGUAUCAGUGUCGCCUACACAACAGUUUUCACCUACUCACAGUCCUAUUCAGGGCCGUCACAUACACAACUCGUUGCACAGCAGUCCUUUGCACCAUCACAGCGUGCUUUAUAGAAGCCUUCCGGAAGACACUUCGGUACAGUACGACCACGAUCCAGGAGGCGGCGAAGACAAUGACGAUAAAUCUGGUUUGUUACACGCCGCUUUACCCGCUCAACCAGGAAUUUCUAGACAACAACUCAUAAACAGUCCUUGUCCGAUAUGCGGCGAUAAAAUCUCAGGGUUCCACUACGGCAUAUUCAGCUGUGAGUCGUGCAAAGGUUUCUUCAAAAGAACCGUACAAAACCGGAAGAAUUAUGUGUGUUUACGGGGUGCCCAAUGUCCAGUCACUGUGGCCACUAGGAAAAAGUGUCCGGCAUGUCGGUUCGAUAAAUGUCUUCAAUGUGGUAUGAAACUUGAAGCAAUUAGAGAAGACCGUACUAGAGGUGGAAGGUCUACGUAUCAAUGCUCCUAUUCUUUGCCGCCAUCUUUGGCCUCUCAGACUGAACUGAGAGCUAGCUCAACAGAUAUAAGGCAAGGUCUAGGAGACCAUCAUCCAGGCUUCACGAUAAAACUAGAACCGUCCGACAACGUUUUGUCCCACCACCACAAACGUAACAAUAUGCCUGGUUCCAAAGGUGUCCCGCCAUUAUUACAAGAAAUAAUGGAUGUGGAACAUUUAUGGCACUACAACGAAAUGGAACUGAACAAAUUAAGCACAGAGGGUCAUUUGGGCAAAGAGGGCGCCACAGGGGCGGUGCACAACUUGUCGAAUCAUCCCUUAUUGGCGGGGACAGCUUUGGCUGGAACCACCGACACGAAUCCGGAUUUUGUGGCAAAUUUGUGCAAUAUCGCCGAUCAUCGAUUGUACAAGAUUGUCAAGUGGUGCAAAAGUCUUCCAUUAUUUAAAAAUAUUUCAAUUGACGACCAAAUUUGUCUAUUGAUAAAUUCCUGGUGCGAAUUGCUUUUAUUCUCUUGUUGUUUCCGUUCAAUGUCAACCCCGGGAGAAAUUCGUGUUUCCUUAGGCAAAAGCAUCACUCUGGCUCAAGCUAGGGACAUGGGAAUGCAAGCCUGCAUAGAGCGGAUGUUGAAUUUUACAGAACAACUGAGACGUUUAAAAGUGGACCAAUAUGAAUAUGUUGCAAUGAAGGUUAUAGUUUUAUUGACUUCGGACACCUCAGAGCUGCGCGAGGCCGAAAAAGUUCGAGUUUCACAAGAAAAGGCCCUGAAAGUUUUACAAGAUUAUACUUUGUGUCAUUAUCCUGAUAGUCCUUCGAAAUUUGGCGAAUUGCUUUUGAGGAUACCAGAAUUACAGCGAACUUGUCAGGUUGGCAAAGAAAUGUUGACAAUAAAAUCAAAAGAUGGAGACGGUCCGAGUUUCAAUUUACUAAUGGAACUUCUGAGGGGUGACCACUGAAAACAUUACAGACUUAAAUGUGCCUUAGAGGGUCAAAGAAACAAUAGUUUGGCAACGUUGCCGCAUUAUAGCCACUGGCCCAUUUUUUUUAAGCUUACGGUGGCGGGCUCAAAUUACUUAACAGACAGUAUUUUGCUUUUUUUUUUAUUUAAUAGAUUUUAGGGCAGAUAUUUUUCACUGUACUUAUCGUAUUUCUACAGGGUAGAAAAUUGCGCAAUAAUUCCCAGUCUAAACUACAUAGAACAAACAAAAAAAAUCUCUUAUUAUUUUUAUCCAGCAGGGUGGUAUUUAAAUUUUGAUGUUGUACAUUGUAAAUAUAUUUUUUAAGUUUAUAUUUUGAUAUUCAUGAUUAUACACAUUAUUGAAAAUUCAACUUUUCAAAUCACUUCAACAGGGUUUACUUAAUAGGUGUUUUUGGACUAUACACUAGAAGAAAAGUUGAAUUUUUUAAUUUUUCUAUACAGUAGGUUGUAGAAACAAACUUUGCUUGUAUUUAAUAUAAGCUUACAAUCAUUCCAAUAUAUUGGAAAGAUCAUUCCAAAUAAAAAAUAGUGGCAAUAUGUACUUAUUGAAUUACUGUACGGAAAUGCCAUUGAAUUUAAAGAAGUCUUUCCACUGUAGUCUAACUACAAAAAAAAAAAAAAAAGUUAAGACUAUUGUUAUAGAUAGUCUUUAUAAAAGUUUAUUUAUUAUUGUCCCUCUUUAGGGUCAGUUUAUUCAGUUUCUGGUAAAUUUAUCUUGGAGAUAGUUACCAGCAAGUUUAUCUGAAAAUGAAUAAAUUUGGCCUUAUUUUUGUUAAAUUUUUUGCAAAUGACAACGAAAUUAUUUUUGUUUCAGCUUUUAAUCAAAAUUAGCUUGUUAAAUGUAAUAUUCGAUCCGUACUUUUUCCUUAUUUUUUAAUUGUAUGUCUAAUAGUAGUAGAUAAAUUAAACAAAAAAAAAUAAAUUACAAGACUUAUUAGGGGGGUGGCCUUUUAGGCGGGGUCGUAUUGGCCUUAAACCCCUAAAUUGAAUUUUUGUACUCACUUUUUGAAAAAAAGAAGAAGUUUUAUACAAAACGAAACAUUUUUUUUGUAUGAAAAUAUAUAUUAUUAUACAUUCAA